ACACUAUCUAUAAUCUAUUUCAUGUUUUGUCGGCUAUAUUAUUACUGUAACUUGAUAUUAAUUCAAAUAUUUCCCAUCUUAUUUCCGAUAAUCUAGAAAAAGCAAGACAGUAAAACAAAAAUAUCUUGUUGAAGUAAACAUGUGGAGCGAUUCGUUGUUAAUUGUUUUCAUAUCAGUUUGUACAGCGUUUCUAGGAGAAGGUUUGACAUGGAUUCUUGUCUAUAGAACAGAAAAAUAUCAAAAACUUAAGGUAGAGGUGGAGCGACAAAGUAAAAAAUUGGAAAAGCGCAAAGAAGCUCAUGGAGACUCUUUAGACAAACAACACAAGAAGAAAAUUGAACGUGAAGAAGAGAGGCUUAAAAAUAAUAACCGGGACUUGUCUUUAGUUAAAAUGAAAUCUAUGUUUGCCAUAGGCUUUGCUUUUACUGCAUUGCUUAGCAUGUUCAACAGUAUAUUUGAUGGAAGAGUAGUAGCCAAGCUGCCUUUUUAUCCCAUUUCCUGGAUUCAAGGAUUAAGCCACAGGAACUUGCCAGGAGAUGAUUUCUCCGACUGCUCAUUUAUUUUCCUGUACAUCCUCUGCACCAUGAGUAUAAGGCAAAAUAUCCAGAAAUUGCUGGGAUUUGCACCAUCCCGUGUGGCAUCAAAGCAGGGGGGAGCACUUUUUGCAGCACCACCAGCACAGUUCAAGUAAAUAGGGACAGUUUUAUAAACCUUGUUAUAUAUUUCCAUUAUAAUAAAUCCUAGUGCAGAGUGCUGAUUAUUGUAUCUUUCCAAGAAAUACAAAUAAAUUAUUUAAAUUUCUUAAUUAUUUAUUUUAUAUAGAUAGAUACUUUGUGUUACUUAAUUACAGUCUUACUUAAAUGUGUUGAUUGAUAGGUUUACUAGACAUAAAAACUUAGUACAAUUGUUAUUUCAUUAAGGGUUGUAAUUGUAAGAUUAGUUGAUCCUUGUUUUUUUUUGUAAUAAUGAUGAUGUGUUUAUUUCUCUACAAAUUCAAAAUAAAAUUGAGUAAUGAAACUCA